CGGUGGAAAGCAUAUCUCAGUGCCGUUCUGGCUGCGGCGUGAUUUAGUCUAUCUGGCAGAAGGGUCUUGCCUCGCAACUGAUUAGUCACCCCUAGGGCACGAUGUCAAUGUGAUCCAGCAUCCCGGAAGUUGUGACUCGCAUUUCCCUCAUUUUUCUCGGAUGCAUUUAUUGGUCGCAUUCCACAUAAAUUGAGCAAUUUUGAAAUUUACAACUGCGGAUGGUGUAAUUGCCGGGAAGGAAGGAAGUGUUUUCGUGUGUAAAGCGUGGAGUGUAUCUCUGAAUAGACGAUAUUAUAUGUUUCUGUGAAUGCGAUUGAAAAUCAUCAUCCACCCCUUUUGUCACGCCAGUCAGACCUGAACAAACCCCCGCAAAUUCACGUGGAUUAUGUAAGGCCCCGGAUAUGAAUAAUUCAUUGACAACCACGAAGAAUUAGCCUUCCAAAUUGGCAUCAUCAAAGAGACUUACGGACCAACCACGUGUCGUGCUCAAGUGAGUUCGCGAUUGAUUUGGAAAGAGUACCGGGAUGGCCCCCUUUGGUGUCACGGGGGCCCUCCUCACGCUGCUCCUGAUAGCGUCAGCAGCCGGUGCACCAUCCUCAUCAAGUGUCCUAUCGCCCAAUGCUGUCUUGGAGGAUCCAGAAUUUACGGACGUUAUUGAAAAUAUCACUGUUCCAGCUGGUAGAAAUGUGAAACUGGCAUGUUCUGUCAAAAAUCUCGGAACUUAUAAGGUCGCAUGGAUGCACUUUGAGCAGUCUGCCAUCUUAACGGUCCACAAUCACGUGAUCACUCGAAAUCCGCGUAUUAGUGUGACUCACGAUAAGCACGAUAAGCACAAAACAUGGUUUCUACAUAUAAACAAUGUCCAGGAGGAGGAUAAAGGACGAUACAUGUGUCAAAUUAACACUGUGACAGCGAAAACACAAUUUGGCUACUUGCACGUUGUUGUGCCGCCCAACAUUGAUGACUCGAUAACGUCGAGUGAUGUCAUCGUGCGGGAAGGUGCCAAUGUGACGUUGAGGUGUCGGGCCACUGGGAGUCCAGCACCAUCAAUAAAGUGGAGGAGGGACGAUAACACUCGAAUCUCCAUAACCAAGAGUCUCAACGUUCUGGAAUGGGAAGGCGAGACUCUGGAACUGACGAGGAUUUCCCGUCUCGACAUGGGAGCUUAUUUAUGCAUCGCAUCCAAUGGCGUGCCUCCGAGUGUCAGCAAAAGGAUUAAAGUCAGUGUUGACUUUCCUCCCAUGCUCUCCAUUGCACAUCAAUUAGUUGGAGUGCCACCACUCUACAACAUCACAAUUGAGUGUCUCGUGGAAGCCUAUCCCACGUCUCUCAACUACUGGACACGCGAGAAUGACAGCAUGAUUCACGAUUCUGUAAAGUACAAGACGGAAUCUGUAUCCACAUCGCCAUCGUACAAGUCAGUGAUGAAGCUGACAAUUUUCAGCUUUCAGGCCAGCGAUAGCGGAAAUUACAAGUGUGUAGCAAAGAAUCCUCGAGGCGAAACGGAUGGCAAUAUUAGAAUUUACUUAUCCAGUCCGCCGACAACGAUUCCACCACCAACAACAGAAGCAGUACAAAAGGAGAUUUGGGAACUCAGACCCAAUGUCAAUAUCUCACUCUAUGGCCAAUCCACCACGUUCACUUCGCAUUUGGCGGACAAAAACUCCAGGUAUCAAUCAAAUCUGAAUGAGAUAGACAAAUCUGAGCAGAAAUCGUCGGAGGAGAGCGCAAAAGGUUUUGAUUUUAUACCGGAAGAUGACAAAACGAGCGGAUGUACAAAAACCCAUUCAGGACUCAUGGUAGUUAUCCUGCAAGUAUUGUUUAUCCUCCAAAUAAACCGGCAUUUUUGAUCUUGCGCCACUCAACUGUAGACACUAAGGUCGCUUCGUGCACAUCAUCAGUACUUGUAAGGGAGUUAUGUAGCGUGUAGGCGAAUGAUAAAAUAGAUGACUGACGUAUUUUUAAUCCACAAUGUUAUUUUAUAAGAGGAACUCAAAAUAAAAGAUAGCACGUUAGAGGAGAAUCGAUAAAAGAGGACAUUUGAGACGGAAAUUCAAAAACACACAACUGAGCAACGAUUUUGAGCUCUAUUGAACAGAUUAGAUGAAAUUAACACACAGAGCUUUGAAGAAUAUUUAUGACUACAUUUGAACUUAAGGACAAGAUAGGAAGCUAACUUCAUAAGGACUUCAUAAGAAUAGAGAGAUUGUAAGUAUAAAAUAUGGAAAUACACAUUUCUUGUUGAAUAUUUCAUUGGACAAUUAUAUAAUUUUUGUGCGUCUCUUAUUUGCUGAAAAUUAAAUACUAUAAACAUGACAGUCACAAACAAAAAAUUGAAUUAUGAUGUAAAUAAUGGAUAUUACGUAUUUAUAAAUGUAAUGAAAAUAUUAAAUUGAAAAUAGCAUAUAAAUUGUAAAUUAAAAAUAAUCAAAUGUAUUUUAAUUAAUUAUGCUCAUGAAAUUCUAUACUAUACACAUAACAUGAGUAGCCAAAUAUAGUUAAAUGAAAUAUUGUCACAAGAGUGAAAUAUGCCAAAAUGAUGAUGGAUAAAAAAAACACAGUGUAUCGUAUAUGUUACAAAUGAUAAAUUCAAUUAUCAGUUUGCUGCCAGCUCGAUGCAACACUUAUUGAUAUAUACUUUAUUUUAAAUAAAAGAAACACUGAAAUUUGAAUUAGAAAUAAUUU